GGCACCGAGACAAAAGCAGGAGACGAAAGACAUCCUGUGCUCUUCUUCACCUGCCGCUUCCAACUGAACACGGCUUCUGCAUUAACACACUGCAAAGGGGAACUUAAACAGUGUGCACAAGAUGAAGGGGAUUCUUAAAGACAAAAAACAGAAAUUUAAUUCUGUGGCCAACGUGGAGGGACAGAGCCACUCCAUCUGUGUGGUGCGCUGGAAAGAAGAAACGUUGGAGGUUCACAGCUCAGCUCCCAGCAGCCCAUUCAAGAGCGGGCAAAGCACCUCUUCACGCGUGCAGCAAAGACAUCAGCAGAGCCUGAAAGACUUCCGCAGCCUGCAGGAGUGCAUCAACUUCCUCAACAGCUGGAAGUUACAGGUGGCACAAGUCUGUAAGGGAAGCGAUGGUGCUGACGAAUGCGCUUCAAGCACGUCAGAUCGCCAUGACGACCCUCGAACCGAGCGCAGCCUGGAGGAGAGCCGCAAACUCAUCCUGCAGUGGGCUGAUGAACUCAAGAGUGUCGACAAGGUAUCUAAAGAGAGCCCAUGGCUGCAGGAGAGGUUCAAGUGCAGUGAGGAUGAUGAGCAGACGAAGAAAGAGGAGGAUCAUGGAGAAGAGGUGCAGCAGAGGGUCAUGGACUGGGCCAAAGAGCUGCAGAGUGUCUCUGAGAGCUGUGGCAUGCUGGGAAAAGAGCUGGCACAGAUGCUUCGUCUGCUCGGCCUGAGGAAGAAGAGGCUCGUUUCUUUGAUGCCGUUGCUCGAGUUCAUCACCUGGUCCUUACUGACGGACGACAGCAAGGAUGUGGUUUCUCAGCUGUGGCUUUUGGCAAAGCAGCGAUCCUGGGAAGCAGGUACACAACAGUACAUACCCAACUCUGUGUGGAACUGGAUCACUAGUGCUUCAGUCAAUGUUACCCUCGACCCUCUGACAGCUCACCCCUGGCUGCUGGUCUCUGAUGAUCAGAAGAAGGUACAGGAGGGUCCGGAGGAAGCCGACCUGCCGUACAGCCCUCAGCGCUUCGACAGCUGGCCGUGCAUCCUGGGCUGGACGGGCUACACCAGAGGCCGCAGCUACUGGGAAGUGGAUUUAGCGAACAACGGCUACUGGAGAAUCGGAGUCACCACCGCGUCGUCUAAGAGGCACGGCCGCUUCCCCAUGAAGCCUUCCAAAGGGUACUGGACGCUGUGGAGGAGCACACGGCAAUUCCACGCAUGCACGGACCCCGAGACGCUGCUGCCUCUCACGCUGGUGCCCAAGAAGAUGGGAAUAUACGUCGACUACGAGGAGGGCCAGAUCUCUUUCUACAACGUCGAGAACAAAUCGCACAUCUUCACCUUCACGGGGAAUUUCCACGGGAAGCUUUACCCUCUCUUCGCCCCGCUGGACGGCAGGACCGUCAUGACUAUAUCCUCUCCUAAAUAAAUGAUUUCCUUUCUGUCGCACACAACACUGAACAUUUUAACGACCUGUACUUAAUUCAGCAACGGAGUAGCAUUAUUUAAUAUAUUUAUGACAGCUUAUAAAACUAUUGUAUAAGCAUGCACUAUACUUUCUGUCUUUCUCUCUAUGUUCAGUUAAUACUGUAAUUGUAAUUGCUGCUAGACUGCACUUUAUUUUACACAGAUUACGUCUUCAUGUCUUCUUAUUAUACUUAUAGAAAGAUUUUUCAUAUCAGGCACAUUGUUGUCAAAGGACGACUGACAGUUUUGUUUUGUUAGAAAUCUGUUAAUUUUCUCAUCAAUUAAUAACAUUUCAGUGCAUAAUGUGAAUUUGCCCAUAUAUUUUUUAAUUGGUUAACGAAGACAGAAUAAGUUAUAUCAUAUAUACAUGUAAAGGCUUCUUUCAGACCUGACGAAUUUAAUUAAAUUGGCUUUUUUUUUAAAAGAAAAGAUCAAAAAAGAAACCAGCUCUUCACUUCUUUUGCAGUGAAUAGAAAGUUUUUAGUCUAACCUAUAAUAUAUAGCUUAUAUAGGUUUGAGAAAGAAAACAUUUUUAUUCAUUCAUUCAUUCAUCUUCUACCGCUUAUCCGAACUACCUCGGGUCACGGGGAGCCUGUGCCUAUCUCAGGCGUCAUCGGGCAUCAAGGCAGGAUACACCCUGGACGGAGUGCCAACCCAUCGCAGGGCACACACACACACUCUCAUUCACUCACGCAAUCACACACUACGGACAAUUUUACAGAGAUGCCAAUCAACCUACCAUGCAUGUCUUUGGACCGGGGGAGGAAACCGGAGUACCCGGAGGAAACCCCCGAGGCACGGGGAGAACAUGCAAACCCCACACACACAAGGUGGAGGUGGGAACCGAACCCCCAACCCUGGAGGUGUGAGGCGAUCGUGCUAACCACUAAGCCACCGUGCCCCCAAGAAAACAUUUUUAAAAAAGGGUUAAUAAAUGGUUAACACUCCUUGUUCACUAUUUAAACUCAAUAAGCACCAAAAAUCAGGGUGAGGAUGAUCAAAACAGGCUAAUGUUUACAGUCAACUCAAAAAUUAUUGGCACCCUAUAUUUGAAAAGGAACAAUAAAGACCUUCUUGAGAACAAGACAUCUAGCGGAGUGCUGAAUCUUCAUCACUGAAUCUUCUUCACUUCUCACUGGAAAUACAACUGAGCAAAUGUUGUAGUUAUUCAUGAACAUGAUAUUCACGUUUGAUGAAAAAAGAGGACUGUAUACAAGAUACAGUAAAGCUAUCAAUCGUACCGGAAAACAUGGAAGUGGAAUGUUGAUGUUUUGGGCUGUUUUGUGGCUUGUACCUAAUAUUUUGUUGCAUCUAUCAGGAAGUUCUGAGAUGACCAUAUAAACCAAAGCAUGCAUCCAAAUAAAAAAAGAAACGCUUUAUGGACCUAAUAUCAAUUAAACUCAUUCUUUGGAUUAUAUACAAGCCCUGAAAUCCAAGACAACAACCAGGAGAUGUCUCCAACAUCACAGGAAUUCACAGAAAGAUCCUCACUGCUGUUAUCAUCCUCCAUUCCACUGGAUGUUUCACCCAGGAAAACAUUUUGGAUUUUGAGAAAACUGUAUAAUUUUCAGAAUAUUUAUUUAUUCGUUUUUGCCACUGGAAGGGUGCCAGUAAUUUUGGAGAUGAUUGACAAUCUCUGGCAGAAUGUCCAUGGGUUUCUCACACAGCCAGGGACCGUAGGACUCGCAGUCCGACGCAAACACACUUCCAUCUCCUCUCAGGUCUGCGCAGUCUCUGUGUUUGGAGUCCCACUGCACUUUUAUGCUAAACACACACACACACACACACACACACACACACACACACACACA